GGCCAUUCUCAACGCGUCUCAUAUUCUUUACUCCUGCGUCAGCUCUCUCAGCAAGCAUGGACGGCCUUCGCGUCGCAAAGGUCGAGAACGUCGUCCUGGAGGGCACGGCACGCUCGCCGCCGCAUGCUCGCCUCCGCGUCGAGGGCACGCUUCACCUCACUCCCCACCACCUCUUCUUCUCGCCAGCGUCGCAGGACGGGGUCAACAUCGAGAAGCCGCGUGCGACGGCCACCGACGGGGAGAUCUGGAUUCCGUACCCCACCAUCAACGUGCUGCAGCGUCUACCACAGAGCGCCGCAGGCAAAUAUCCUCUGCUCGUGGGCACCAAGACGUUUGACACGUACACGCUAUUGUUCGAGAAGUGGGGCGAGGGCGGCGCUGAGGAUGUGUGGGCCAGCGUACGCGACUGCGCCGUCACCCAAUCCGUUGAACAGCUGUACGCUUUCUUCUACACUCUUCCACGCUCGCCGCUGGCCAGUACAAGUUCGCUUCCCGCUUCGAGUCCAUCCCCAGCCUCCCUCGCCCCAGUCCCUUCCCCCCUUUCCCCCAACCCGCUACUGCCACCGUCAUUAUCUGCCGAUGCACCGUCGCCGGGUGCUGUCUCUGGCACAUCCAAGACCGCCGCAACCGGGUGGGGCGUGUACAACCCGCGCACGGAGUUUGCUCGGCAGGGCGUAGGCUCGCGCACGCGCGCGUGGCGCUUCACGGACAUCAAUCGCGACUACAGCUUUUCGCCGACGUACCCCGCUAAGCUCGUUGUUCCGACACGCAUCAGUGACUCGGUACUAGCGUACGCGGCAAAGUACAGGAGCAAAGCGCGCAUUCCCGCUCUCUCAUACUUGCACUGGGCGAACCAAGCGAGCAUCACCCGCUCGUCCCAGCCGAUGGUGGGGCUCAAGGGUAACCGGUCCGCACAAGACGAGCGCCUGGUCGAGUGUAUUUUUACCAGCCACCAGUCGCCCGAGAGCGCCGGCUCGUCACAGAUCACACCAUCCGCAAGCAGCUCAAACCUCGCUGCCCUCCCCGCGGCGCAGGUGUAUGGUGCGACGUGCACGAACCUUAUCAUUGACGCACGCCCCACGACUAACGCCAUGGCCAACGUAGCCAAAGGUGCCGGCUCCGAGAACAUGGACCACUACAGGUGGGCCGAGAAGGCAUAUCUCGGCAUCGACAACAUCCACGUCAUGCGAAACAGUCUCAAGACGGUGGUUGAGACGCUCGCUGAGGCGAGCGCCGGUGGCAUGCCUGUUGAUCGCGAGCGACUGCGCAAGUCAGGUUGGCUUAAGCAUCUGACUGCCAUCCUUGAUGGGAGCGUUAUGAUUGUCAAGAACAUCCACAUCAACUCGUCGCAUGUGCUCAUUCACUGCUCAGACGGCUGGGAUCGCACCUCGCAGUUGAGCGCGGUUGCGCAGCUCUGCCUCGACCCCUACUAUCGCACUCUGGACGGCUUCCGGGUGUUGGUGGAGAAGGAUUGGCUGUCCUUCGGUCACAUGUUCAUGCACCGCUCGGGGCAUCUGUCCUCUUCAAAGCUCUUCACAGCGACGCCAGACAACAUCGACGCAAUGGACGAUGAGAGCGACGAUGACUUCGGGAUCGCCGUUAAAGGGGCGCAGGCCUUUUUCGCGUCCAUGUCCAAGCAGUUCACCUCGUCAUCUCAUCUGAAGGAGAUCUCGCCCGUCUUCCAUCAAUUCCUGGACUGCGUCCGUCAGAUCCAGCGUCAGUUCCCCGAACGGUUUGAGUUCAACGAGGACUACCUCCUUGACCUGCAUUAUAACCUGUACGCCUGCCAAUUUGGCACAUUCCUUUUCGACAAUGAGCGGCAGCGCCGCGUUGCCGUCUCCGGCAAACCGUACGUGGAGCGUACGGUGUCGGCAUGGGAGUGGUUCGACCUGCCAGCCCAGCGCGCUUCCUACCUCAACGCGGAUUACAAGCCGGAGCUGGACGACCGCUCUGCUCGGGGUCCAGAUGCCGACAUGGGUGUACUGCACCCCGACCCGCGCGAUGUGCGCUUCUGGCAUCGUCUUUUCAAACGUGCCGAUGAGGAGAUGAACAUGUCCGAGGCCUUUCGCGAGCCGCAACCGCCCGAAGCACUUCUCGUGGCGCCGUCUAGCGCGGCCGACCCGCGUCCGAACGUUAGGGUAGCUCCGCGAGACGCGGCCGCAGCGCAUGUGCCGCCUCCAAUUCUGCCGUACGCGCCGCGCGUGGUUUCCACGCCAAAGCGACCGGAGCCGAUCCGCGCGUCCUCUAGCACCGGCUCCCAGACCACGAUGCCGCGCGGAAAAUGGAGCUGGAACUCGGUGGGCUCAGGUGCCCUCAGUGCGUUCAACACCAUCCGUUCAAGCGCAACGGACGCCUACACCCAUCUUCGCGAGCGCACGGACGAGGAAUCGCCUCAAAGAGAGCUGGGUAGUUUUGAGCCAGGCACGGGCAUCGGCGAGGCGCGCACGGUGCGCGGGCCGCUCGAAGCCAACCCCUGGGACGACGAUGUUGCGGUGCGAACGACAGCGACAUCGGCGCUAGUCCCAGAAGUAGCGCCGAUCAGCGGCGGCCUCGUUGGCGAGGGUGUGGGUGUGGCUCGUGUGCGGACGAGGGAAGAGGUGAGGAAUGGCCUACCGGCCAGUCAGUCAAAGCCGGCGCGAAGCACGACUGCUGAGCUCGCCGUCAACCCCUGGAGCGACAUACCACGGCAGAGUCUUGCGGACCUGACUCUCGCCGAGGCCGCCUCCGCGUUGCGUGGGGAGAAGGAGGUGAAAGGUACAGUGGUUAAUGAGGCGCCGAAGCCGGAUGUCGCAUCGGCGCCUCGUGGGAGUCACGCGUGGGAUCCGCUGGGCGCGACAUAGAUAGCAUUGCAUAUGUGUACAAUAUCUUAGCC